AUGGCGCGGCCAAGAACAGGGGCCAGCGGCAAGGAGGCAGCGCUUCGUCCUCUGUUCUGGGUCAGGUACUUCUCAAGUCGUCGCCGAAAUCCCCGUUCUUCCGUGAAUUCGCCAGAUACUGCUGCUGCUUUGAAACGUACGAUAGAAGCCCUGAUGGACAGAGGAGCCAUAGUGAGGAAUUUGGAAAACCUGGGCGAAAGAGCACUUCCUUAUAAGAUCUCCAUCCACAGUCAACAGCACACGAGAGGGGGGUAUUUCUUGGUGGAUUUUUAUGCACCAACAGCAACUGUUGAAAGCAUGAUGGAACACUUGUCUCGAGACAUUGAUGUGAUUAGACCAAAUAUUGUAAAACACCCUCUGGCCCAGGAAGUGAAAGAUUGUAAAGGGAUUGUCCCCAUCCCACUUGAAGAAAAAUUAUAUUCCACGAAGAGGAAGAAGAAGUGAGAAGAUUGACGAGAUUUUAGCCAUGUACUUAAUUCUGUAACAUUUAAGCAGCAUGGAUGAAUAGUUUACAAGCUUGGCCUUUUUAAGAGUGUGUUGCAUGUGCCCGUUUGAUUUUUCUAAGGUAUUUUUAGCUCUUGGCCACCUUUGCAGUGUGAGGUAGGGAACUGCCCUCUGAGAGCUGCUUCGUAAUCUGUGCUACCAGCAGAUCAUUCUUGAUUUUGGUUUCAUUAAUAUAAUUUCUUUGUCAGUGAGGACUUUUACUCUUACAACAGUAACACCACUUUGAAGUGCACAACUCAUAAAACUGCCUUGGACUGUGAGCUAGUCAUUCAGACUGUAUAACCAUGCAAAAAUGAAAAUUGAUGGCCACUGUACUAUAAGGGCAACUUUUGAACAGAGUAAUAAACAUGGUUUUUAAAACUCCA